CUUAUAAAUGUACUUCUUUCAUUGAAAUUGGUGUGGAAAACAGUUUGGUGCAUAAAUAAAAAUGUCUGCGAGGGCGUACAACCCCCAGUGGGAUUUAGAAUCCAUCGUGACAGUAACAGUCACCCAAAUACUGUGUAGUGAAAAGUAUGUGAACCUUAUAGCCGAGAAAAUUCGUAGCAAAAUCCAGCAGCAAUUGGACGUGAGGUUAGAAGAGCGGAAUUCGCUUUUACUAAACAGGAUGAAGUACAUAGAAGAAAGGUUGGAACGUAGCGAAAGACUAAACAGGAAGAAAAAUAUUAGUUUUGUGAAACAGAAUAAUGAUAGUGUGGACUCGAAAGACACUUUAAACCGUAUUGACUUCAGCCUUGAAAGAGAUGUCAUUAGAGACUACUACGGUGCUGAAACGCCAUAUACGAUAGUAAACGAACGAAAUGGUCGAAAAUACGACGGUACCCACCAAAAAGGCAGCAGUUAUCAAAACGGUCAUCACAGUUCACCGAGGGCACCGUCUGCUAUGAGCAGAGGAAGCGGAUAUGACACGAAUGGAUCUGAUAUUUACGUCACCAGUGGUGCCUAUAAAGCACCUUCAGAAUACAGUCGAAGUUCGCGAGCUCGUGCUCCUAGUCACUAUUCGUACAGGAGCGGCGUGGCGCCAUCUGUAGCCAGUACGGCGAAGUCAAGGUCGUCUCGAAAAGCAGGGAUGACCGUGGAAGCAAUGGCGACUCCAAAUCCGUUCUGUCCCAACAUCAAAGGCAUGUGUUGCUUGAUGUUGCUGUUGAAUUUAGGAAUAAUUCUCGUUACAUUGGGAUUCGUCAUCGUCAUCCAGUUUUACGAGCCUGUCUAUGUGUGGAUCCUAGGGAUAGUCUUCCUAAUCUUCGGUUUCCUAACCCUGAUAGGCAGCUUGAUAUACUGCGUGAUAAUAUGCAAAGACGUGAAGAAUCCGAGAGAGGUGAACCCCGAGGAUAUGUACUGGACCCACCACUGGCAGAAGAACAUCGGCUCUUCGGAAAUUCACUAUAAGGCCGGUGAAAAGUACGCUGAUGAUCGGUACAGUGACCGAUACUCCGUCGGCAAGCUAUCUGGGAAAUAUUCCGACAGAAACGCGAGAUACUGAGAUGGCGCUACUUUGAGUAACUUAUUUUAUGCGCUGUUCAAGAGAAAACUAACAUGUAGGAUUAAUUUUUAUGGAAUAACGACGUAUGCAAAGGAAAUAAAAGGACAAGUAGUCCUUUUUGUUGUGGGAGAAUUUGUUUUUGUCACUGAAACCUACUAUUGAAUACAGGAGAGUUGUAGUGGACCAAGGAUUGAUUUUUUAGUCUUCAAAUGGUGAAGUUUGAUGAUAAAAAUGACUCGAAUAUGGGUGAGAAGAACACAAAAAGCUGUAUUAAAAGGAGCAAAGUUCUAAAUUCAGUAUCCUUUCCAUCAGUUAACCAAUUAAUAAAACUAAUUCUAGUUGUAAAUAAAAUGUUUGUAAAUGGCUAAUACCUGCUUUUUGGAACUUGAUGUAUGUGAUAUUUUGUACGUAUUGGGUUGGAAAACCCCAAGAUUCAUAUUUUAUUUUCCUAAAUAUUAAACGUUGUUUUAUAAAUAAUUUUAUAAUUAAUUAUAUAAAAAU